AUGGGCUCUACAGGGGUUUCUGGACCACCAGGCAUAAGUGGACCAAAAGGACCACCAGGAGCGAACGGAGAACCUGGGGAGCAUGGGCGACCUGGAAUGCCUGGCCAGGCAGGGAUGCCUGGACCGCCAGGAGAACGAGGAGUUUGCCCCAAAUACUGUGCAGUCGAUGGAGGAGUAUUCUUCGAAGAUGGAACUCGUCGUUAA